AUGUCAGUCUAUGAAGGAAAAUCGAAGGAUAAAAGUGAUGUUUCAGUUCUGGGACUUGGCGGAUCAGUUGUGUUGAAUAUGAUUUCUUUUCUGCGGACUCCUGAACUUCCCAAAAUCCAUUUUGGUAACUUUUUCACGAGCUUUCGUUUGAUGAAAGAGCUCUCAGAAAUGAGAGUAAGGGCAACUGGAAUUGCCCCCAUGAACCAAGUGAAUAACUGCCCAAUAGAAUCUGAGAACAGCAUGAAGAAGAAACUAAGGGGAACCUAUAACUACAGAUUUGAGAAGAAUACAGAGAUAAUGGCAGUAGUGUGGAAGGAUAACAAUUGUGUAAUGCUCUUGUCAAACCUUGAGACAGUGCAUCCAGUAAGCCAAGUAAAGAGAUGGAGCAAAGCUGAGAACAAAGAAGUGCAAGUUCCACAGCAAAGAAUGAUUUCAGAAUGUAACAAUCAUAUUGGAGGUGUGGACAAACUGCACUGGAAUCUGCAGAAAUCUCGUGUGAGAAUUCGAGGGAAGAAAUGGUACCUCCCAUUGUUCACCAAUAUAUUAGAUGUAGCGUUGAUCAGCGAGCACAUCAUCUACUGCCUCUCGAAUGAAAAUAUUCCACUGCUUCAAAUCCGGAUGAUGGUGACAAGGGAAUAUUUUGUUCAAUCAUCUGCUGCUUCUGAUCCAAAAAGGGCAGGACGUCCAUCAUACCCAAAAUCUACCUUUCACAUGUUCCAAUUGAACUCGGGACUUAUGGAAACGGACAUAUGA